UGCGAUAACGGCCGAGUGAGUUCAAACGGGAAGCAUUCUGAGCGUUGGGGCUUGCUCACCUGGGGCUGGCGUCGCACCGGCCACCGCCCCUGCGUAAUCUACAUUCCUUGGCCGAGGCCGCACUCCUCACAGUGUGAAGCUCGCGUGUGUGCGUUAAGUGGUGGUGUGAAAUUUGAGCCAUUCGUGCCCCGGAAAAAUUAGAAGCUAUGGACGAAGGAGUAGCCUGCGUGAAGUACAUUCUCAUCACGUGCAAUCUGCUCGUCUGGAUCCUAGGCCUCGGGGUUCUCUCGGUUGGCAUCUGGAUCCGGUCCGACCCGGACUUCUGGGUGUACCAGGACAACCUGCCACUGUCCAACUAUUACAAUGCCUGCUACGUGGUCAUGGCCGUGGGCCUCCUGCUGCUUGUCCUUGGCUUCAUGGGCUGCUGCGCCGCUGCCAUCGACAGCCCCUGUAUGCUCCUUACGUACUUCAUCGCCAUGUUCGUGCUGCUGAUCAUGGAAUGCGCUGUUGCCGGCCUGGUCUGGAAGGUAGCCGAUGGAGACCAGCUGCAGCAACACCUGGCUGUAAGCAUAGAAGAAAAACUGGACACAGUCAUCGAUGAUCCCAAGGCCAGACGGUUCAUGGAUCUCAUGCAAGUUCAUCUUGAAUGUUGCGGCGCCAUCUCCAAGCAUGACUACGAGGUCCGAGACAUGACUAUACCGCAGUCCUGCAGCAGUUCCCGGACCAACAAUAUCUUCAUAUACGGAUGCAGUGAAAACUUACGUGUCCUUCUUGAGAGGACAGGAGCCGUUGUGGGUGGCUUGGGUCUGGCGCUUGGCUUUGUUCAGAUCAUCGUCAUGAUCAUCUCCCUCUGCCUCUUUUGCACGAUUCGGCAGGAUUCGAAGUAAUGAGAAGACGUGAUACGUGUGGUGCUUCCAUUUUUUUAUUUUAUUGUAUUUUUUGAAGUCAUAAGUAAUACCAGAAUUAAGCAUACAAAAUAUCUUCUGCUUAAAAAAACAGCCCCUCCACUAUUGGCUCUUUGCAAAGACACACUCUGUCAUCCACGCAAGCUCCAUUUCUAGGACUACACAUUGAAGCUGCUUUACAGCAGUAUAGAUCAUCAGCAUGGGUAUCAUCACGAGCAGCCACUGAACCUAGUUUUUCUGAAUGCGUAAGUUUCUUCUGGUGGUUUCAAAAUAGUCAUUACUUCAGCAACGCAGUUGUUGUUGAGUGCACGUCAUACAUUUGAACGUUUUCAUUAAGUAGUGUACACAUUACACAUAAUUCUCGUCUUCUUAUUCAGAGGCUACACUAUGUAGCCCGCCAUUUCGCCUUCUCGAUUACAUCUGUAGAGUUUUGAAUUGCACAGACAAUGUUGGUUAUUAUAUUAUUUCAUUCAGACAUUCAUGUGAAAGACCCGCCAUAUGUGUAUAUUCAAUAAAGUCGUAUU